AUGGUGAGCGAUGCCGCCAACGCCGGCAUCGACCGCGUGCUGUGGACGGAGGCCGAGAUCGCCACGCGGGUCGCCGAGGUCGCCUCGGAGCUCGCCGCCGACAUCAGCCGGCUCGCGGAGCCGGCCGUCGUCGUGGGCGUCGCCACGGGGGCUUUCCUCUUCCUCGCUGACCUUGUGCGGCGCGUCGACGCGCCGCUCACCGUCGACCUCGUGCGCGUCGAGUCGUAUGGCGACGGCACCGAGUCCAGCGGCCGGCCCCGGGUCACCGCUGACCUCAAGGUCGACGUCGCCGGGAAGCACGUCGUGGUGGUUGAAGAUAUUGUGGACACAGGGAAUACUGUUUCCUGUCUCAUUGCCCAUUUACAAAAGAAAGGAGCACUGUCCAUAUCAGUUUGCACUUUCCUGGACAAACCAGCAAGGAGGACAGUCGAUUUUCAGCUAGUAGGGGGUGGAAAAUUUUACAGAGGCUUCGAGUGCCCCGACAGCUUUGUUGUUGGCUAUGGUAUGGAUUAUGCGGAGCUCUACCGCAACCUGCCCUAUGUUGGAGUUCUCAAGCCUGAGAUGUACAGUAAGAAAACUGACAACUAG